AUGGAUGGGUCACUUUUCGACAAUUCGAAAAAGGAAGAACACGCUGAGAUUGUUUCUCUGUGCUGGGCCAUAUGGAAUGCUAGAAACCAGUUCGUAUGGGAUAACAAGAAAUCUUCAGUAGAUAGGGUGUUGACAUCAAUGAGGCAGUACCUUGCAGAAUACAGUAAGGCCCAGGAUUUUUUUACACAGGCUCUGUAUCAGUUCGUUGAACAUCGAGAUGGAGCUCAGGUCUGGGUUAGGCCAAAAAAUAGUGCAGUCAAGAUAACGGUUGAUGCGACGAUAUUUGCUGAGAGCUCUUCUUAUGAUAUUGGUAUGCUAGCUCGGAACGACAAGAGGGAGGUGAUUUGUGGUAGGUUAGAAUCGUAUCCAAGUAACGUUCGUGCGGAUUUUGCUGAAGCUAUGGCUGUGAAAGAGGCACUAAGCUGGUGUAAGCUUAACAAAUGGCAUGAGAUAGUUCUGGAGUCAGACUGCUUAUCAGUAGUGCAAGCUUUAAGAUGCUCAAUUGCUAUGCGCUCGCCGUUUGUUAUAUUAUUAGGGAGUGUAGAGAGAUGCUCAAGGAGGUAA